AUGGCGCUCGUCAGAGACUCCCCCGAUACCUGGACGGCCAACGGCGUCGAAUCCACUUUCCGUGUCAGCUUCGACAAGGACUCCUCGCCCACUGGGACGACCGAUGUCUGCGGCUGGGGCUGGCGAUUCAAGUGGGACAGCUCGUAUGGUCCCAUUGCUGUCUACUUCGACCCGUACCUUGUCGCGAACGCGGAGACUGUCGAAGUAUGGCUUGGAUUACUCUUUGCGGACGUUCUCCUUCAACCUCCCCUUGAGUCGCUUCAUCUCCGAGUCCCCAUCUACAGAGCCUCCUCAAAACACUCAGAAUUCGGCGCUUAUCGGCUCUUGAGGCUUACCAUAUCCUUUGAGGCUACCUUCGCGCUCACGCCUCCCCAGCCUGUCACCAUCCAGACCCGCCUCCCGUUCUCUGACGAGCCCCUCCCAACACGCGUCCGCGCCGCUCUUGUCGACACGAUCCAUGGCGGCGAGCUCAUCGAUGUCAAGUUCUGGGCAUAUUCGCGCGCGCGGAACGGCUACGUCUGUGCUCCCCGUCCGCUCUACGGAAACCUCAGGCUCAUGCGCGGGACUUCGAAACAGUUCGAUGAAGAUCUUGACGACAUGUUCAGCGGGUUUUCCGAAUCUGGGCAGACGGAUAUCACGAAUGAUCAGGCUCCCGAGGACGCGUUUGAUGGGUACGACUACAUGUCCGACAGUGACCUCGAGGACGGCGAGGAAUUCGAUGGCGAAAUGGAAUCCGAUGAGAAAGAGCCGCCCUUCGCCGGACCAAGCACACAGCGCUCGACACCGCCUGAUGUUAUCGCUCAACAAGAGCUUCAGGGGCGUCGAUCAUCAAGGGACAUGCUUACAACACUUGGAAAGCGUUGA